AUGCGCCCAGUGGAAACCGCUCAAUUCGUGAGUUCAUCGGUGUUCACUGAGCUGACCGUAGGCUCAUUGAGACUACCUUCGCCUAAACUGCAAGCCCGCAGCUGUCGGACGUUUGAAGAGCUGUACGACACACUCGAGCCCGAUGAGAAGGCAUUUUUCGACCUCCUCGAUCAGCAGCUUGAGAAGGUUGAGAACUUCUACUCUGCGCGCGAGGCCGAGGCGACGCGCCGCUUCCACCAGUUGAGCGACCAGCUCAAGCAACUUGCCGAGCACAGACGGCUCUUUCAUGAGCAGUAUCCCGAAGGCGUGCCGCAGUGGGAGGCCAAGAUGGGCCGCGCGCUCCAGAUCCCGGGGUACGACGAGUUUUGGCCAUCCAGGGUCGCCCAGAAGCUCCACUUGCGCCAUUCCUUCGUGCAGGAGGGGUCGAGGAGGAACUCGACCAACGGUAGAGCCGCUGCCUCCUCGUCCACGGGCUAUAUCACGCCCACCUCCAGAAGUGGAAACGGGUCGGACGCUGGCACUGCCGGUGUGAACGGCGUCGGUAAGCUGCCCAAGCAGUACGACCCUGAACGCUAUAUGAAGUACAAGAAAGAGUUGCGCACCGCAAUGCUCGAGUUCUACCGCCAGCUUGAACUGCUCAAGAACUACCGCAUUCUUAAUUUGACGGGGUUCCGCAAGGCGCUCAAGAAGUUCGAGAAGGCCACGAGAAUCCAGUGUUUGGAGCUGUACACGGAGGACCGGAUCGGCCCAUGCUCGUUCGCGCGUGGCGAGACGAUUGAUACCCUUAUUCGCCAGUCCGAGGAGCUCUACAGCGAACACUUCGAGCACGGUGAUGCGAAGCGAGCCCGUCUCAAGCUGCGCGAGGGCGACCAGCCGAUGACUCACUACCUGACUGUGUUCAGGUCAGCGAUGAUGAUGGGCCUGGGCCUCCCUGCGACGCUCAACCUCGCAGCAUGGGUCGAGGCGCGCAUCAACUACGAGUUCGUCAUGGAACUGAAUCGGCCGACACUGGACUAUCGAAGCUUCAUGGAGAUUCCCAGCUUCCUCUUCAUGACGCUCAGCUACUGCUUCUUCUUCAGCUUCUACCAGGUCGCCCCCGAGAGCGUCGCCGUUACGACAUGGCCACUUGCUUGGACCCUCAACUCGCUUGUGUACACGCUUCAGAACUUCAUGUUUAUGGGCUGCGUGUACGCUAAGCAUUGGCCAGGCGAUAGAACCUUCCACGUGUGCAAGACGGGCCAAUCUUGGCCGUAUGCUCUUCUUGCGGCGCUGCCUCCGCUGUCGCGUCUAAUUCAGUGCCUUAAACGUUACUACGACUCAGGUCUCUACAUCCAUCUUAUCAACGGCGGCAAGUACUGUUCGUCUAUUCUUUCGGCCUGCCUUUUCGUAUACUGGAGAGGGCAGGAGAAGCCACUCGAUGGCGCGCCCUUCGUUGUUUGGAUCAUCUUCGCGACCGUCUCGAGCGUCUACACGUCUCUUUGGGAUUUGAUCGUCGACUGGAGUUUGCUGCGGCCCGGGUGCCGCGGCCUCCGCAGGGAUCUUGGAUACGGUUCUCAUCUCUGGUACUACUUUGCGAUGGUGACCAACGUACUCAUCCGCUUCAUCUGGGUCUGGUACAUCCCGCACCACGCCGAGUUGACCAAGCUUCGCUCGUUCGUAUUCGCCAUGUGCGAGAUGCUGCGCCGCUGGCAAUGGAAUUUCUUCCGUGUCGAGACCGAACAUCUCGGUAACGCCGACGCCUACCGCGUCACGCGCGAGAUUCCCCUGCCCUACCGCUUUACGAAACGCAGCGACUCGGAGGACGAUUUCGGUUCAUCGACCUCGGCUGUGCGGUCGACGCCUCUCAUGGCCAAACUCCGACACCUGCGCGCGACCAUUGUCGGCGAGAGCUCGGCUGGCCGCGGGCCCGAUGCGCUCAACGUGGGUGCGCGUGGACACGCCGCUCAACGCGAGUACGAGGCCCGGCGUCCCGGGGACCUGGUACGCUCAUCCAGCUUGGGGCGGGCGGCGGCCGUGCAGAGAACGCCUUCGCGAAGGACCAACGCAAGCGACGACAGCAACGUGUAG